UGAAUUUCCUUCUUUUUCUUUUCUGGUCUAAAAUCGAAAUCACGACAAUUAGCAAAUGUCGUCAACUCUCAACUCUCUAGAGGCCAAAUCCAAACUCUUUACGGCUCUCUCUGAUUAGUGAUUACUAGAUCCUUGUGCAACUGCUGCCACAGAGAAAUCCAGCAACAUCCCAAUUCCAUCGCCAUGACUUUUCCCUCUCUCUUUCUUGCUUUCUUCCUCCUCACCUCUUCCUUCUCCCCGCUCGCCGCCGGCUCGUCCGCCGCAUACCCGAUCAUCCCCGGCACGGUGGACACCUCCGUCUCCGCCGCUCCAUCCGACGACCUAAUCCCUGUCCGGCGGGAGGUCUACGACGAUGGGAAGCUAUUCGACAUCACCCACAGGUACACUUCCGAUAUGCCGGUGUGGGAGAGUGACGAUGGGCUGGGUCAGUUUUUGUGGCUGCCCAAGAGUAUGAAGAAUGGGUCGCUUGCCAAUAACUCCGAGAUGAAGCUCCCUACCCAUACCGGAACUCACGUGGACGCCCCUGGCCAUGUCUUUGACCAUUACUUCGAUGCUGGUUUCGAUGUGGACACUCUCGACCUGGAAGUUCUUAAUGGUCCUGCAUUGCUUGUUGAUGUGCCGAGAGAUACUAAUCUGACUGCUGAAGCUAUGAAGUCGCUUAACAUACCCCAGGGUGUACGCCGUGUGCUGUUCAGGACGCUAAACACCGAUAGGAAGCUUAUGUUCAAAAAGCAGUUUGACACGAGCUAUGUUGGAUUUACCAAGGAUGGAGCUCAGUGGUUGGUGGACAACACGGACAUCAAGUUUGUUGGUAAGUUACUUGGUCUUAAUAAUACGAGUAUUGGACCUUAGCUUCAGUUCUGCGCUGUCUAUUAUUUAUGCGGAUUGACAAUUUUUGUGGUGCUGGGCACUAUUUUGUGAACAAUAGUCAUUGUUCUUGCUUCUGUUGCAAUCCUCACCUGGUUUCUUGCCUAUGUAUAGGAGUUGAUUAUCUGUCAGUUGCUGCCUGGACCGAUUUGAUUCCUUCACAUCUAGUUUUUCUGGACAGCAGGGAAAUCAUUCUUGUGGAAGCGCUAAAGCUCGAUGGCAUAAAACCAGGGAUAUAUUCAGUACAUUGCCUACCUCUCAGAUUGAUCCGUGCUGAAGGAUCACCAAUUAGAUGCAUUCUCAUGAAAUGAUCUGGUGGUGUCAGACUGAUAAAGGGCUCCACAAUUAAACGUAGCAGGCUGGGGAUUGGUGUGGAACAUAGAACCAACCCCUUUGGAUUGUAGAGCUCAGAUAAUCUGUAUUGUAGAGUAAUAAAUUAUGACUACACACGUUGGUUAAUAGGAAUAAGAAAGGUCGAUGGCAUCCGACCCGUUAUGUUAAUUCUGCAGAUUGAUGAUGGUGUUAGUUUACUUUCCUCAUCUUCCAAAUCUCUAAAUUGUAAACCAUCCAAAGAUUUUAGUCCUUCCAAUUGUUGAAAAAAGAUUUUAAUUUUUCUGAUGA